GUUUAGUAUGGGGUAUAGUAAAUACUUGCCCUUGCUUUUCUUUGUAUGUUCCUCUCUGAGUCUGUUUUCUUCAGUUCACAGCAGCCCUAACUAUUUGGUUACUUUACCGCGACAUCUGCAGUGCUGUCAACCAGAGACAGUGUUGGUCUCGGCAUUCAACUUGAAUGGUGGCAGUAUUUCAGCCUAUCUGCAAGUAGUAAACGAUUCCGGACAAGUCAUUACGCAAACAACUUCAAUCAAUGUCCGCGAAAGUAACUCACCGGUGGCUUUCAAUCUUACCCUACCUUGUCAGAAGUUGGCCAAACUAGAUGACCCUAAUGCUGAGCGUUACGUGAGUAUAAAAGCAGUGGGAAGUGGAUCCGCCUCGUUCAGUAAGGCCACAAGAGUCGCAGUCAAAGCAAGCCCUUCGCUCGUGUUUGUGCAAACAGACAAACCCGUCUACGUGGAGUUCGACGAAGUUCACAUCCGAGUUGCCGUUCUUGGAUGCAAUUUUCGUCCGUGCUGCGGAGGCGACAAAGAAUGCGUUUGUGAUGUCAAUUUAGAUAUCAGGAAUCCACAAAACAUUAUUGUUGAUCGAUUACCCAUACCAUCAUGUUCUUCUGACGGAGCCAUCAAACGUAAAGAUUUCAAGCUGGGGCCUUCUCCUGUGCAAGGUGACUGGACAAUUAUUGCCAAGCGUACCUGUGAUGGUAGCGUCAUAUCCGAGACGUAUUUUGAGGUGAAGAACUACGUGCUGCCUUGGUUUGACGUGAAUAUCAAAGCUCCCGACUACGUCAAAGUCACAAACAAUAUCAUUACUGUUGAAGUGGCUGCAAAGUAUAAGUAUGGCAGGGGAGUUCAGGGUACGUUGGAUAUCGACUUAGGGAUAUGCAAUGAGACUUCUAUUAACGCUACGGUGUUUAAAAAGGCGCAAUUCGUUCUUUUUUCAUCGGUAAAACUGGAUAAUGGAGUGAAGAAAUUGAGCUUUCCCAAUGGAGGUUAUUUAGAAUUUCCUUACGGAAAGCGGUUGUGCAUAUUUGUUGAGGUCGUAGAAGAAGCUAGUGGAAUCAAGUUUGCAAAGUCGGACAGAUCUGCAGUGUUUACAGACAACCCAAUCAAGGUUGAUUGUGAUCUUACUCCACCUUUUUACAGACCCAAUCUUCAUCUGAAGUUGCAGGUGCAGGCAAGAUAUCCCAACGGUCGGACAGUUUCUCGCGCUCAGAUUACUGUAACUGAUGCAAACGGUCGAAACUAUAUUCAUAGCAUACAAGAAGAAAACCGAGGCAUCGCUGAUUUUGUUAUCGACGUGGGAAGCAUCAGCGGUGACAUGGAAAUUAAGAUCGGUGUAAGUGGUCAAGCUCUAGGGAAGGUGUGUGUUUUCAAACAGUUUUGUUCAUUGUGUGGAGGACACAUUACUGUUAGAGCAAAGACUGGAGACAAACUGCAGGUGGGGAGCAGAGCUAACUUUGAGGUAAUUAAAGCAAAUUCAGACAGCAGACAGCUAACUAUUACGAUCGUUGUCAUUGCGAGAGGAAGCAUUCAAUCAUCUCAGUCUGUAAGGAGUAGCAAGAGUCAUCUGACGUCAUUUCAAGUCGAGAUCACACCUCAACUAGCCAAUCGUUUCUGCGUUCUUGCCUAUUAUAUGGAUACCUGCAACGAGCUCGUGUCUGACGUCGUUUGUCUAACGACAGCAGAAACAUGCGCCAACGAGAUAUCAUUGAAAUUGAAAACUCAGAGCGUUCGACCGGGCACUCAAGCUACAAUUGGUGUCAACGUCGCUUGUCCAAAUUCUGACGUCGCAUUGUUGGCUGUAGACAAAGGAUUGUAUAUUCUCAAUAGUAAAAACAUACUGUCACGAGACAAAAUCUUUUCUGCUUUGGAUAAUUGUUCCUAUUCCUGUGGCUACACUGUUGCAAGUUCAGAUGGAAUGUUUGAUGUUGUUGGUUUGGCCGGCAUGUCUGACGCCUCUAUUAAUCCUCGCUGUAGCUGCUGUACAUCUUCAUGCCGUGCUUCUUGUAUGAAUGCUGAUGACAGUUGCGGUACCGGACGAAAGAAGCGAGGAUCUGAACUUGUGGAAAGAUUGUGUAAUGAGAUAAAAAGACGAUCAGGAAAACGUUCCAACAAUGUUGCCGAGUAUUGUCUCGACGAGUACAAAGAGCUCGUUAAAGGAAAAUUUAGCAGCUUUGAUGACCAUUUGUCAGAGACGGAUCGAAGGAAUGAGGCAGAGUACAAAACAGAGCACGUAGCCACUUAUAUCUACCAAUGUUGUAUAGAAGACUUUAAGAAGAGCGACAAAGCUAGAUCGAGUCGUCGAAGCGGCGUUGAUAACUUUUACGAGCUUGACCCAAGCCUCUUACGAAGGCAAACGUAUUUUCCACAUGUUUGGUUACAAGACAAAGUCCUUACCAACAGAAAUUUGAGAUCGUUUAACGUAACUGUUCGAGUUCCGGACUCGAAUACAAAAUGGUUUGUCUACGGAUUGGCGCAGUGCUGUGAAUCGGGAUUUUGCUGUCAUCUGCCAUUUUCACUAAAGCGACAAGAGCAAGUGUCCGUGGCUUGCACCGCGUUCAAUUACAACAAACAUCCGACUAUUGCAGGGAUAAAACUUGUUAAUAUACAAGAUGAUCUUUGCACUACUGCGGGAUCGGGUGAAGAGACGGACUGGAUACCUUUUCGUAUUGAAGGUCAUGACUCGAAAACUGUUCUUAUUCCUGUUAUUCCAUUGGUAGUUGGAACAACGGAGCUAACGGUCAAGAUGAGUACUGAACUUCAUAAUUUUGAUAUAGUUCAGAACAUUACUGUUGUGCCGGAGGGAGUUACUAGAGAGUCGGAUACUGCUGUAGAGUUGGAUCCUCUUGACGUCAACAUGGACAACUCAAAGAGCUGCACUCUUCUUCAAAAUCCAGAUCUGAGAAUUGGCCAUUGCUUUAAAUACGUGUUGUUAAAUGGAGAAUGCAGUGAGCCUCUCGACGGGCGAUUUACAAAGGACGGAUGUUGCACUAAACAAAUUGGUAAUUUCGCUUCGGCGUUUCGCCCAAGGGGAGGUACGUGUGAACGGUGUCCUGUCAAAAACGAAACUCACUACUGUACUGGAUCGUGUCAAUGCGGAGGACAUCUUUACAGCAGGAGUCAAACAAAUUUUUUUCCAGUACAAAUUCCUGAAAACUACAUUGAAGGAUCGGUCACGGCUUGGAUAGGUGUCAGCGGAAAAUACUUUACCGUGGGCGAGAAUAUGGAAGGAAAGGUUGACGAAAUCGAGAGCGUAGAGAGUAUGCUAAAAAUACCCGGUGGAUCUGGAGAGCAGAGCAUGUUAACAUUUGGUCCUAACUGCGCUAUUGUCACAUUCCUAAAUGCUACCAAUCCAGGGGCUGUAAGAAAACAUCUUCGGCUACUCAAAGAUGGUUAUAAUUAUCAGUUAAAGUAUCGCGUGGUAGAUUCCGGAGGAUUUGCUGUGUGGUUGCAUUACACACCAUCGACGUGGCUCAGUUCGUUCGUGCUGCGCACAAUGUGUUCUGCAAGAGAGUUUGUUAUAGUCGACGACGCGGUCGUCAGCGAUCUCAUUAACUUUCUUGGAACGAGACUCGAAAACGGCACGUUUAUUGAACCGCAGAACGUAAUUCAUAGAGAGAUGGUGGGUGGAGUUCAAGAAGCUGGUGUGUCAAUGACUGCCUACACAACAAUGAGUCUAUUGGAGUGCUGUCGCAACGAAGAGAAGCCAACUCUUAUGAAUCUAGUUUGUCCAGCAGUGAGUUACAUGCAGAAGGAAGUUGCUGCAAGUCAAGUGAACCGACCAUACGCGCAGGCGAUUGUGUACAAAGCUUUAAUCCAAGCUUGUGUGUGCGGAUGCGCGGUCUGCAAACCACAGGGAGUAUGUAAUUACACAAUCAUCGACAAAUUGAAAAAGAAAUUGUUUGACAAAGCAGUGAUUGACACUGACGGUUCUAUGCACUGGGAAGCAGACAGCAAAUUGGGGAAUGCUUAUUGGUAUAGGAAACCAUCUGCUAUUUCGGUAGAAAUGACGGCUUACGUCUUACAAGCUUGUCUUUGCGUUGGUGACUGCAAGUGUGCCCGAUCUACAGCCAAGUGGCUCAACACGGCUAGAAACUCACGAGGAGCCUUUAUCUCAACACAAGACACUGUGGUUGCUUUGACAGCCUUAGCUAAAUUCGCAGCCGGAUGCCGUGUCACUGUUCUUCAUGCUCCCAAUUUAUGUGUAAAUGUUCGUAUAACGAAUUAUUCUCUUAUCAAGGCAUUUCGAAUUACUCCACAAAAUGCAGACGUUAUGUACCGCGUUCCGGUUCCCGUCAAUGACCUUAUUAGAGUAGACACGUGUGGAAGCGGGCUAGGACGGGCAGUGGUGCAUUACGAGUACAACGUUCCCGGAACUUCAGUCGAACAAUGCGCGUUUGACAUUGCUGUGAAUGCUUCUGAGAUGACAAUGAGCUCCCUCUUUAAGCCACCACCAGUCGGAGCUCAAAUCGCUUUCUGUGUUAGAUAUUUGGGCUCUGGAUGCACCACAAUGGCUGUAGUAGAACUUGAGUUGCCGACUGGAUACGAAGCGUGUGAAAGCCUCGAGAACGGUUUCUCGGAUUGGCGCUGUCUUAGCACGAUAUUACGAGAUGGCGGUAGUCGACUUGGGUUAUCAAAAUAUGAGGUCUCAGAGAGAAAGGUCGUGUUUUACUUUGACAAGCUGUGUGACACCAAACGAACGUGCGUCGUUUUCAAAGCUUACCGCAAGUUUGAGAUCGUCAAUUCUCUACCCGUCAGUGUGCGUGUGUUCGAUUACUACCAGCCAGACGUGCAAUGCACUAGGCUUUACACGCUUGGAGGAGGAAGUCCGGAGUUGAGUUUGAUUUGUGACAGUUCGAACAAAGGACAGCCUGCUUGUGUAUGUGGAGCAGGACGUUGUCCAAAAUUAGAGAAGAAGAUUCACAAUAGGCUCUGCAAUGCUUGCAUUUAUCAUGACUAUGUGUACAAUGUGCGCAUCAAUGACGACACCUAUGAAAAUGGAUGGCACAAAUUCGAUGCGACUGUUGUUGACGAGAUCAAACCAGGGGCACGUAGGCAUAAGAACGGAUCAAAUCUUAUUCUAUGGGUACCAUCGAUUUGCACCACCGACAUUAAACUUGUUACUGGCAACUGCUAUCACAUUCAAGGCAAAUAUGGAACCAAAUUUGUUCUCGAUCACAACACAGCCAUUGAACAAUGCCCGAAAGAUACGUCCAGUGCUUCCGAUUGCAAGAAUAAGGUAAAGCAAAAAUGCGUUCAAAAGCCGUGUAAGAAGCAGAAAACCAAGAAGAAGAUAAGCAAUUGUGAAAAGAAAAGAAUGGAAAAGUGCAAGGAUGAAUUCAAAGCGUGCACACACGUGGCGGUCUUCAAAAGGUACGUCAAGAAAUUACGUGAUGGCUCGAUAUGCCAAUCCAGAGACGUUUGUUCGAGUUAUGUGUACGGCUAGAUUUCGUGUUGCAAUAUGACAUUAUGACUUCUUCGUUUGUGUUAUUGAAACACGGUAGAGACAGCUGGUAUUCCAACUGUUUGUGACGUUGUAGUGUAGAUGACGUAUUCGUGUUAUUCUGUCUUUGCAUAUGCA